GUCACAUCUUUCCAAUUCGUCAGUCCUCGUCCAAGUUUGGACUCACAUUGUCUUCCGUUUAGCUUUAAGUUCACAAUGAUAGUUUUCCUUUGGCUGCUCUUCUGUCUUGUUUCUACUGGUUUGGCUGAAAGCCUACCUGCAGCAAAAAGUGAAGAUCAAAUCGAUCAUGAAACGGCUCCAAGAUCAUUGGGUGACAUGGUCCGCAAAAUGUCGGAAGGAUUUGGGGAAGGUGAAAACGUCGCCUCGAUUAUAACAGCGGAUCUUUUCGAUGCAUUCAAAUCGAUGAUCAAUUAUCGUUUGCUACAUUCGUACGAAAAGGACUAUCCUGAUUUUCACCAGAGGCAAGUGAAUAACCAACUGGAAAAGUCUGCAACCCCAGGUUUGAUGGGCAAUCUCAUGAGGAUGAUGGGCUAUGAGCAGGAUCUCUUGGGACCCAUGGUUAUGAAGCUUUUCUUUUACGUGGGUGAAUUGGCCCUCAAGAGCUACAUGGGCGUCCCUAAGACCGUGGAGGAGGACAUUCCUUCGUAUCGGACCCUAAUUCAAGAGAAUGGUAUACUGAGUGGCCUGACCACCAUGAUCGAGAAGUCUUCUGCACGAGCAGAGAAGGUACAAAAUGCCGUGUUUGAUCCUACCCUACCCCAGGAUCUGAUCGAGGGUUUGCAGUCCCGCACCGGAUCUGCCACCAGUUGCGUCCAAUUGUUUAUCUGCAAAAUGAGUCCGGUGAUCUGGAAGGCUCAAGAUCGAGCCAAGGAAUUAGAUCUGGCUUACGGCCAAUCUUUGAGCUACAAUCUCGAGUUAUGGUCGAACGAAAUCUACAACCAUUUACCCGAGCAGAAUCAAGUGACCGAAUUUGGCAAGAAUUGUGACGAACGAUUUCCCACGUGCCCCUUGAUCGAUUUCACGCAGUUUCUCUCCGAGAAAUUCACACGGUGAGCACACACUGCUCCGUAUGUCAAGUCUUUUGGAUCCAAAUGAGAUUGGCUGGGCCUGGUUGGCGCCUUCUCACGAAGAGUCCCGCGGAGCACUCAAUCCUGGAUCAAUUGUCAGCACCCAACACUAACGCUCCACACAAACCAGUAGUUAAUAUAGAACCAUAACAGAGACUCGACUGGAUCUUUCUUUCAUGAACUUGGAUCGACAGUUCUACGUUCUGCACGGAUCAAAUGGCAUCUUCGUAAUUUGAAU